CUUUUUUCAAUAUAACUAGUGAAAUAACAACAUUAUCAAAAGGAGCCUCUACAUACAUGACACCUCAAGUCUGUAAUAACAACACUGCAAACACCAAACAUCUUGACCAAACUUGCCUAAAGCAUCAAUGCUUGAAACCAAUCAUUAGGAGCCAUGCCAAAGGAGAAGAAUGAUGAAGAUCCUGUCAGGACGUCCCUGGGAGAGAGUUACUCUGAAGAAGGGGUUGGCUGCAGCAGUGUGUGUGACACAUCACAAGAAGACAGUGGGAUCCAGGAUGGGGAGAAGAGUGGAGAGUGCACUGAAGCAACCAGCACCAGUAUUAUGCUGGAUUUUACUGGAGAGCCCAGUACAGAUGAAGGAAAUGAAAGCCUUGUGGAGAGCAGCAUGCCUGAGGGGGUGGAGCUUGACACAGAAGGGGAGGAAUUAGUGGCCGAGGAAGAGAAGCCCAUUGGGCCACCCGCAGUCCUGGAUGUUGUGCCUUCCUAUGACAGUGAUUGUAGUGGUGUUCUGACUGAUGUUGAGUUCAGCAUGCUCACUGGGAAGAAGAUCAAUGAAGCUCGUCCAAAGCAGUCUUGUUUUAACUGUUCAGGGGACCACAACAUGGCUCAGUGUACCCUUCCCCUGGACCACUCCAAAAUAAGUGCCAACCGAAAGAAGCGCAUGUCCAGCAGGAUGUCUGUGAGGUACCAUGAAGACUGUGAGAAUAAAUAUGGGCAGUAUCAACCUGGAAAAAUUAGUGACAACUUGCGCCAUGCUCUAGGACUGAGACCAAACCAGCUCCCUCUGUAUAUUUACCGGAUGCGUGUUCUAGGCUACCCUCCUGGCUGGCUGAAGGAGGCUGAGGUCCAUCAGGCAGAUGUGAAGAUGUAUGAUGCAACAGGAAGAACUGUGUCACAUCCUGAUGAAGAGGAGGGAGAAGCAGAACCUUUAACAGUAAAGUACAAACCAGAAAAGUUAGUCCGUUUCCCCGGCUUCAAUGACAAUGCACCUCGUGGAAUCAUAGAUGAGUCACAGAAAUAUAACUUCCCACCAAUGCAGCCGUGCCACCAGAUGUCAGAAUUCCUGCACUUCAUGAACCAGAACAAAGCUGAAGCCUAUAAGAAGAAAAAACUAAAAGAUUCAGAACUAAGGAGCAAAACUCCACCUCUCUCAAUAGAAAUGGAAGUGGAAGAAUGUGAAGGUAAAGCAGAAGAUAUUGUUUUUAACCCUCCAUUACCUGAAGAAGACCCUCCUCCACCUCCUCCACCAGAUACAAAAGAAUCUCCAUCCAUCAAGAGGGUCCUUGAGGUAGAAGAUGGAGAAAUAACUGAUGACUCCCAAGAGUCCAUGGAGAGCCUUACAGUCAAGAAACAGAGGAUAUUGAAGGAACUAGAGAAAGAAACCACACAAAGUGAUACCAAAGGAGACAUUGACAACAGUGAUGGAAACCGAGAGAGCCAAGAAGACUCUGAAGACAGCCAACUGUCACUCACCUCUAGUACAGACCCAUCUCAGUCAGAAAACUCUUGUAGUGGUGAUGGUACAAGUACAAAGAAAACAAAAACAAAGCGACAUCACAGGUCUCUCUCCAAGGGCUUCCAGUUGGGCACAGUGAUACCUGAGUCCUGUACUCCUUACAAAAGUCUGCCUUCUCCUGACAAAUGGACGGUAGAUGUAUCAGAUCAUAUUGUGUUUGACAACUUACCAGAUGCCCUGGGGACUUGGGAUAAGAUGAAAGGAGUAAUGGGUACAGUGAGAAAAAAAAUGACCAUAUUACAUGCAGAUGAAGAUGAUUAAUGACUAAGUUUUACACAAUGAAAAUAAAAGACCAUUGAUAACUUAACUGCAUGCAAUCUGGAAACUUCAGAUUGGUAUUGUAUUAGCUGUUCAUUGGUUGGGAUUGGCCAAGGUGGAUCCAUUAUAAAAACUGUGAGUGAUGUGCACUUAAUGUUAUUUCUUUACUUGGAAUGUCAAGAUGAGGCCAUUUGAAAGCUUGAGCAUUCUGUAUUUUUCAGAUGUCACCAUUCAUGUUUGGGAAAAAUAGUUAUAUUAAAAAUACUUUAUAUUCUUUUUUUUUAUUCUAUUAUUUAUUUAUUUAUUUUUUUUUAUUUUUUUAUUUUUUUAUUUAUUUGUUUUUAUUUAUCUAUAUUUAUUUUUUCUUUGUUAUCUUGUUUAUUUAUUUAUUUUUAUUUAUUAUUAUUAUUAUUAUUAUUAUUAUUAUUAUUAUUAUUAUUAUUAUUAUUAUUAUUAAUAUUUAUUUAUUAUUAUUUUUUUCUUAUUUAUUUAUUUAUUUUAUUUUACUUAUUUUUUUAAUUAAUUAAAUAAUUAAUUUAUUUAUUUUUAUUUAUUUUAUUUAUUUAUUUUUAUUUAUUUAUUUUUAUUUUUUUUUAUUUAUUUAUUUUUUUAUUUUUUUUUUGUGUGUGUGUGUGUAUGGCAUUCAAAAUGAAAAGCAGAACUUAGGUUUAAUUAAAGUAACAGUUAAGGCAUGUUAUAAAAGAUGUUUUCUCCUUUCCAUGAUAAUGAGUUCAAAAUGCUUAGAAAAAUAAACUUUUUCAGACUUGA